GGCGUCGGGGCGCGGGCGGGGCGGGGUGGUCCCACCCCCGCAGGCGGAGCCGCGUCCGGUCGACAAGAUGGCGGCGGGCCUGAGGGCGCUGCGGCGCUGGGGGUUGGUGACAGCAGCACCACGACCCAGCCUUGCUUUCACUCGUUCUGCAUCUGUUGUGAAUAAAGUGAGUAAUGCUCAACCAAACUGGCUGGGAGUUGGCUUGGCAUUUGGCACCAGUGCUGCCUUGUGGGCUCUGCUUGUCAAGCAGCAUAAUGAAGAUGUAAUGGAAUAUGAGAGAAGAAAACAAGCGAGAGAACAUAAGUGUAGAGAAUGUUCAUAGCUGAUGACAUGGUCACAAAGAGAUGUGCACUACAGGGCCGAGUGUAAGUGGUCGUUGUCCUAGGAAUAAAUGAGCACAGAAGAAGUAAAGAGUUACCUAAUUGCUUGUAUGUUCAUACAUUUCAUGUGCAUAAUUAAAAAUAAAUUAUAAAGUAUAGAAGAAACCAUUAAUAUUUCA